AUGGUGAGCAUAAUUAUACCAUCACUUCUUUACCUAGCUGUGGUGAAGAACAGAGAGCAUUACAGUGUGUCUUAUGCCAAGAUAUGCUUGGUAGCUGGCUUCUUCAUAUUGUUAGCAAGCACAUGGGCUACUCUACAAGUUGAACAAACAUCGCAUGUUGUUGAAAAACCAAUGCCUAAAGAUACUGGGAUCGACAAGCCGGCAUUAAAAUCGCUGCAGAAACUCGAAGAGAAGGUGUUGAAUACAAAUUUGAAUAUUUCUGCGAAACUUGAUAAUAUUGCCGACCUGGCUGCAAAAGGAAAGGACAAAGAAGCAGCUCACUUGCUGGUGGAAAUGAAGAAAGAAAGAAAGGAGCAAGAAGCUUUGCUAAAGAAACAGGAAGAGAUUGUACAGGAGUUGCACAAGCAUGUUGAAGAGCAGGUAAAAGCGAAAGAGUCUGGAGAGAAAGAAGUGUCGAAGGCGAAGCCACGGCAAGUUGACCAGAAGCCGAAAGAGUCAGUGAAAUCGGUAGAACUAGAGAAGAAAGCAGAACCCGUCAGUGCUAUCCUGAACAUUACCCAGAAGGUCGAAGCUAUUGUACAGGAGAAGGAAGUCACCUCGGAAUCAAUUGUUGGACAAGGGAACGUGAAUGGCUCUCUUGAUGCGGGAAUUGGAACCAAAAAAGUCGUUGAACAUCGGGAAGCUUAA